UCCAUCUGAGCUUUUCAAAGUAAUCGAUUAUACAAGCGGUACAAAGUUUUAGUUUUAGUAACCUGCCGCCUUAGGACCCUUACAUCCCGUAUGACCGCAAGAUUCUAGUUUUAUUUUAGUUCGUCCCUUUUAGAUAAUGUGCAUUUAAAUUGCUUAAGUUGCUCCUAAGUCGAAAAAAAAAUACAUAAAACCCUGGUCAAAUUGUAUAAUAAAAAUGGCAAUAGAAGGACACAACCAGCCGACUCCUCUCCUCCACACGAUAGGCUUCAGGAUAUGUACAAGCACCCUGUCUCAUCCUCUGGAGUAUGCUAAAUUCCUCAUUCAGAUCGGCCAUGAACCUUUGCCUGCCUAUCCAACGACAACAUUUUUUGGAAAGCCGAAAUACAUGCUACCAAAUGUAUUCCAAUACGUUAAAUAUAUCAAAGGGAUUGAUGGCUUUACCGGUUGCUACAGAGGGUUUGCACCAAAAUUGGCUGGCCAAGUCGUAGGAAUGUUUUCAGCUCCUAUGGUUGUGAAUCAACUGAAACAAGAGUUAGGACCCGACUUUGACUUUAAUCCAACAGAUGAUGAACUUUCUGAUGAGGAAAAGAUAACAGUAUUCAAAAGGACUCUUAUGUUGGACAUUGUCGGUCGAAGCAUAAGCAUUGUAGUGAGCCAUCCCUUUUCAGUCAUAUCAGCAAGAAUGAUGGCCGAAUUCGUCGGAGGUGAACAGCAAUACAGUGGUAUUUUUGCUUCAAUAAUGGAAAUUUACAAAGAACAAGGCAUUGGAGGUUUCUUCAGUGGCUUAAUGCCUAGAUGGCUUGGUGAAUUGGCGACCCUUAUUGUGUCAAGCUUUCUAAUAUUCGGUGUCAACAAUUAUGUAAUUCAGGACCGAGAAUUAAAAGUAUUCACCAUUCCUACCUUGCAGUACAUUACGACAACGAUGACAUAUCCCUUAACUGUAAUUUCAUCCUGCAUGCAAGUCAACAAUUGCGGGCUGGCUGCUGGUAUGCCCCCACACAUGCCAAUCUACAAAAACUGGAGAAGUUGUUUUAGUCAUUUAUCAAAAACUGGCAAACUCCACAGAGGGUCGGGUCUCUUUUUCAGGUAUUGUCCAAGCCCAAGCCCAGCGAUAGGCAGCAACCCAAAGUCAAAAUAUUUUUUCUAGUCUAGUUAAGUUUAGGACAUAAUUUCAAAUUUCAUCAGCGAUUGUCUCUAGUUUGUGUUCUUUAUGAAUAUUUAAAAACUGUUUUUUGUAAAUCACAUAUUGAAAGUGUUGACUGCAUCGAAUUCAUUCAAUAUAUAAGCAAGAAUUGUGUAUUUGCUUAGCUCCUCAAGUUGUGGAUACUGAUGUAAUCCGUUAGAAAUAUUGUAUACAAUAUAUACUUUUUUUUUGUUCAAGUA